CACCGCACCGUGGGGAUUUCACACUGCGCCCCGGGCUCCACGCCGUAUGCGUGGACCCCUGCCAUCUACCUGGGCACCCACCCUGAGGUGGGCAGCAAGGUGGGACUGGGGUGGACUCCCUUCGCCGGAGCAGGUUGCCUGGGGCCAAGCCCCAGCCCCCGGGCAGCCUCUGCCGAGCGGGCAGCCCCGGGCUGAGCCCCCCCGAGCGAGAGCACCAUCCGCCCGGGUCCACCUUAACCCGGGGCGAGCUGUGCCGCCGCUGCCCCGUGCCUGGGAGAGGCUCCUGUGGGAUCAGAGGGGCGUUUAUCUCACCCGGGAUCAGCCAAUAUUUGUGGCCACGUCAGGACAACGAGCCCUUCCUCACUCUCUGCUCCCGUGGAGUCCAGCGCUGCCGUGCUCUGCACUCCCGGCCCCAGUGCUGCUGUCCCACUUUUACUUCGGCUUAUCGACAGUUGGAGGAACGCUCUUUGCCGAGACCCUCCAGCUGUCAUCUCCUGACACUGGAGAUGACAACCACGGUAGCUUUCCUACUCCUGAGCCUUCUGAGGAUGGCAGCUCCCAAGGGAGUGUGGUGCCCAGCCUGUGGGCUGGCAGCCCUGGCCCCCACCACGCAGCGGGACGUCCUCAUCGCGCUGGCAAAGCAGAGCAUCCUCUCCAAGCUCCACUUGCCAGACAGGCCCAACAUCACUCAGCCCAUGUCCAGGGGGACCCUCCUGACUGCUCUCCGCAGGAUGCGUGCGCAGCGCAUGGACACAGCCGUCUCCCCAGGGAUGCCCCAUGAUGGCAGCAUCCCACACGUGCGUCCUGGGAUGGGUGUGCAGGAAUAUGAGAUCUUGAGCUUUGCCGAGUCAGGGUCCUCCACCUCCAGCAGCGUUCGCUUGCAUUUCCGCUUCACCUGGGAGCUGGCUGGGAGCACCGAGAUCCUACAAGCCACCCUCUACCUGUUCUGGGCAGUCCCCGGCUCCGGGCCGCACCCUGUCACUGUCAGACUCUUGCAGCCAGACCCGACGGGACCAAAUAUGACAAUGGCCAGCGAGACACAGCUGGAGGUGCAGAGGGCCGGCUGGGCCACGCUGGAUGUGGGCCAAGCUGUCCAGAGCCUGUUCAGCCAAGGCAGCCAGAGGCUCACUGUGGAGCUGGAGGUGGCGGAGGGCUGGGGGUCUCCCCUCCUAGCUGGCCACGGUGAUUCCCACUGGCCAUUUGUGGCAGCCCAGGCCCGGGCCAGGACGCCCCACCGGGUCCAGCGGCGCAGCAUUGAUUGCAGUGGGGACUCUCAGAUGUGCUGCCGCAAGGAAUUCUUCGUGGACUUCAAGGAGAUCGGCUGGGAGGACUGGAUCAUCCAGCCAGAGGGGUAUCACAUGAACUACUGCGUGGGGCUCUGCCCCCUGCACAUGGCUGGCAUCCCUGGCCUCGCUGCCUCCUUCCACACGGCUGUCCUCAACCUCAUCAAAGCCAACAAUGCGGACGCAGCCGUGGACUCCUGCUGUGUGCCCACGCAGCGUCGCCCCCUCUCUCUGCUCUACUAUGAUCGAGACAGCAACAUCGUCAAGACCGACAUCCCCGACAUGAUUGUCGACGCCUGCGGUUGUACCUGACCGGCUGCCUGAGGCAGGAGGGCAGGACCUGUGCCGCGCAGGGCUCCCCUCCUCUUGGCCCCUCUCUGGCAGUGCGAGACCUGGCAAGCUGCUGGGAGAUGGAAACUCUGCCAAGGUGUUUUCUCCUCCUGAGGUUGAAGCAUCAAGGGUGAUGCUGAAUCUGCAAGUCCUCUCCUCCCUUACCUCCCACAUGGCUCUUUUGCCCCUUCAGAUCUGCCCAUGGAUUCCUCUCUGCCUAUGAGCCACGGCCUCUCAGACUGGCUCCUGAUGGACACCAGAACCUUCUACCUGCGGGACUCUGCAGAGCACGACUCCCUGAGCCACUCAGGGCAGCCCCGGCUUGCCCUGCUGAUGGUCCCAGACCAAGGCCAUGUUGCAGCCCUCAGUGCUGUAGCACGAACAUGUGCUCUUCAGGUAAUGGGUCCUGGAGGAGAUAGAAGCUGAAAAGAUGCUGGGGGAUGGCUAGGCCAGAGGGGAGAGGGCCAUCCACAGGGCCCUACUCCUCAGCUGGACGUGAGGCUGAGGUGGGUGAGGAAGGGGAAAUGGAUCCCAGUGGGAGGAAAGUGUCUCCCUCUCCAAGCAUCCCAGCUACCUGGUAUUCAAUAAAAGACUCUUAGCUGUACUGUG